CGUUUGGAAAAGUGGCAGAAAUCAUUCGAGUGAAAUUAGUUUUGUCAGAAUCUUGGAGGCGUGUGGUUUGGAAGACGUUUUUCAAAUUCCAAAUUUGAUUUUGCUAACCAAUUAGCACUCUCAGCUGACAGCUUUGAAGCUUAAAUUUAUGUGUGAUAUAAUUCUUUGAGCAGAACUCCUCAGUAAAAGGCAUCAAAUCGUCUCCAGUUUCAACCCAGGGCGAUACGCAGAAAUGGAGCACAAGGACUUGUUACUCAACGUGCACAGCAACCUGGAACCACCUAAGCCUGAUGGAAGCACCUAUUUGAUGAAAGGCAACUAUCAGUACUAUCACUACGGAUGUGACGGAUUUCAGGAUGUGGGAUGGGGAUGUGGUUAUCGAACGUUGCAAUCGAUCUGCUCCUGGAUAAUCAUGAACAAUAACCUAACGAAAGAGGUGCCCAAUAUUCCGACUAUUCAGCAGACGCUGGUGGAAAUCAAGGAUAAGCCAGAACGGUUUUUCGGUUCCCGGGAAUGGAUCGGUACGCUGGAGGCCAUUUACGUGAUUGACACUCUGUUUGACGUUUCAUGCAAGGUGAUCCACAUUUCCAAAAAGGACAGCAUUGCCAAGCACAGCGACACGUUGAAAGAAUAUUUCGAAACGUACGGCGGACUGAUCAUGAUGGGAGGAGAUAUGGACGCCGCGUCGAAGGGAAUUGCCGGAAUCCACCUCAGCGCUGACCAAGAUGUCUAUCUUCUGGUUGUCGAUCCCCAUUUUGUUGGUAAGAUUAAAACCAAGGAAGAACUUUGCACGAAAACUUAUGUAAAGUGGCAAAAGGUUGACGAGUUUGUUGACAGUUCAUUCUACAACCUUUGUCUUCCCAUCAUCAAAGCCAACACAAAUGGCGUUUAAUGCCAGAUAGUAAGUGAUGUAAUCCAAAGCUUAACAUUCAAAAUAUCGAAGCGUAUCGUAUACUCGUAUAUCAUGAAUCUAGAAAAAAAAACCUGCAUAAUCGAACUCCAAUGUGCACGUAACACCGCGGAUCACACCUAAAUUUAACAAUACAAAAACGCUCAAUUUUGUAAAUCGGAAUUGGAAUGAUCCGACAUUGAGUACGUCAAACAGUUUCUAUAUUCAUAUACCCUUUUUGGAUAUUUGAUCAUAUUUUAGCGAAAUUUAUCGGUAUUCAUCGCAAUAACAUUCGACGUACAAUUAGACAAUUAGACUAGUUUAAAUGCAUUCUUGAUAUUUAUGUACAUUCUAUAGGGUGAAAAAAGCAGAAACAUUUAUUUAUGUUAGAAUGUAGAGAAAUCUAUUUUGAUGUUACUAAUCAAAAUUAUCUUCAACAAGAAGUAGAUACAUAUAUUGAGAUAGUUUCAACGCUUAAUGUUGAAUGUAGGGACAAGUUCAUAAAUGUGUGAUUUCAUCAUACCAAACGGUCAUAACUCGAAACAUAUAUUCAACAAGGGCCCACAUACGCUGAAGUCGCUUGACAAACAAGAGCCAUAAAUAUCGCAUCAGUAAGGUUUUUUUUUCAAAACUAGCAUGUCUAGCUCGGAACGCCAAAACACUUGGUUGAAUGUGGAACUACGCUUGUCAAACGGUUUUAACGGAUUUUAAUUUUAAGCAUUGAUGUUCAUAAAUUGGAGGCAUAAUAUUGUAUUAACCCAGUAAAAGCAUUUAGAAACACAAUGAAUUGAUGAAGCACAACAACCCGUGUGAAGCAUCGAAGAAAAUCUUCUAGUCUGCGAAUCGGCUCUAAAAAUGCUGACUAUAAAAAAAAUAAUACCCACUGCCGUUUACGUUGAGAAAUGUGGUUUCGUAGUACAAUUUUAAUACUCUUCGAUCAUUAUACAUACUAUUUAGUGUGUUGAUUUUUUUUUAACUUGGAAACAAAUAUUUGUUAUUGAUAUUUGUCAGAUAUUAAUCUCCGAAACGGUAUCAUUUGUUUGUGCUGUAAUAGUUGAUUAUUUGUAGAUAUAUUUAUUGUAUUGUUAAUUUUCGCAAGAAAUACAUUUUCAUAUAUGUUCA